CUGGCAGGGUGGUUGACCAGAGGCACUAGGCCCUCCCCACACCAACUAUAAAAGCCUAUAGUCUUUGUUCCUCCACAGCCACUACUCACUCUCAUCUGCAAAUAACCUUUGUCUCAGUCCGAGACACGCUGAUCACAUUUACAAACCACAAUGACUGACCUGGAGAGUUCACUGGCCACCAUCAUGGAGGUGUUCCACAGGUACACAGAGAAAGAAGGAGACAAGCACAAACUGAAGAAAAGUGAACUGAAAGACUUGAUCAAUGAGGAGCUGCCAGCCCUUACAGGGCAAGUAAAGGACCAGGCCACUAUGGACAGUUUGAUGGAGAGCCUGGACACGGACGGAGACUCGGAAUUGGACUUCCAAGAGUUCAUGACAUUUAUCACCAUGGUAACUGUCUGUUGCCAUGAUUUCGGCGAGCACCAUGAAGACGAGUAGCUAGGCACCAGUUAAACAAGAGAGAGAGAGAGAAAGCCAGUAAGUUAUAAAGUAGGAACUUUAGUUUGAUAAAACACUGGAAUGUCAAUGCAAACGUUGUAUUUUUCCAUUUGGUCCCAUUUAGAUUCAAUAGGUUUCUUAUACCCUGUUUGCCUACAAAGUGUUAACGCACUUUGUUUCAUUGCCUGUGAUUUGUCAGAGCCAAAUUGGUUUAGUCCUGAAACGUCAUAGAAUAGUUUUUGCCAACAAAGCUUAGAGCACUUUUCUUGUAUACUGUAAAGCUAAGAGCCAAUGUAAUAUAUUCAUGCAUUUCUGCGGCUCUAAAUUGGUUCAGUUGUUAUCACUAACAAUGCAUGUGUAAUCAGCUACCCCAUUCAUUGGACAUGGUCUGGCAAGUAAAACAAGUAUUCUCCAGUUGGAUUUUGACCCCCCCCCCCCCCAAUAUACCUUGUGUUUUUAUGAAAAUUGUUUUCAAAGUAAACUGUGCUUUGCGAGAUGCUAUUAAACAUAUAACAUAGAUAAUCAAUAAAGAUGAUCAAUUGAACACAAGGACAUACUUUUCACCAGUUACACCAUAUCCUUUUUACUUCAUACCAUUCACAUUUCUGUCUCCUGUAGAAAAGUUGUGAUGUGUACCCCUGAGUGGCAGUGUUGCUCCGUGACAAAAGCAUUGGCAUCUACUGGAUGUACAUAAAAGAUAUUGAAUCGGUGAAACAGAGAAUGUAUCAAUCUCCCUGAUGCACCCUCAGUAAACAUCUCUAUACUAUUGUA